AUCGGGCCAUCGGGCAGUCAUUGUCGUGUCGUCGUCGUAAACGUCAUGACCGCGAAAAUGGCACGAGCUGCGGAUAGCCACGAACGCCUUGCAGCCUUGCUAAGUGAAAUGCUCAACGACAAGGUGACCCGACGAGAAGUCGAAACCCCGACGAGCGAAUUUAUGACGAAAGUCUUCUACGGCGUUUUCAAGGAGGCGGGCCUAAACGAGACCGCCUUCGAAAUGUCCCAGUUCCUCGUGCCGGCACACGUGAGCAGCUUCGUGCCAACACUACACCUCAACAAACUGAUGCAGGUGGUCUUUACGAAGCUGGGCGUCCCCGACUUCGGCCUAUCCGACAUCAGCGUCCCGUCGCCGAAGCGCAGUCGUAAGCUGCUCUCGAUACUCUGCAACUUCUGGGUGCGACUGGGUCGGCAGUGGAACAUGUGGUCAGACAUCGAGGUGGGCCUCGCCGCCGCGAAAACUGACCGCGAAGCCAAAAGAGCCGAGCUGGACGCGGUCAAGGCCAAGGUCAACCAGCUGUCCCAGCAUCCCGGCAUCAACCCGAAGAGGCUGGCGGCAGCUCAAGGAGAGCUCGCGGCCGAAAACAAGGCGCUGGCGACCAAAGAGCCAAAGCAGCUGGUUGUGAUGAACGACUACAAGAACUUAAAAAGUGCCAAAUGCCAGGUGACCGAGCAGCUGAAGAAAAGUGAGGUGGAGGUCCUCGACCUGAGGUCUGUAGUGCACGACGUCCGAGCCAGAAUCUGCCAUUCGCCAGAGCGGCAGCGACGGUGCUUGGCUGAGGAAGCGGAGACAGCGUCUCAGCUGCAGGAGGAGCAUCGUCAUCUGCAAACCAGGGUAGAGGAGUUGCGCUGCAAGAUGCAGAAGGCUCCGAGAGAGCGAGAGGCCUUGACCAAACUCAAGACCCAGGUGCACUCCAGCCUGGCCGUUGCGCAGCGUCUGGAGUCGUUGGUGCAGGACAAGGACAACGCGUCUGCGCACAGGAAGAGUGCGGAGGACAAAUACCACCGCCUGCUGAAGGAGAGGGAGGCAGUGGCCGAAAAGAAAAGCCAGCUGAACGGCCAGACAGCGUUAAAGCACCAGUCCAUGCAGUCCCAGCUCAGUUUCAAGAAGGAGCAGUUGGCCCAAGCGAAGCAGCGCCUCGAGGAGCUCAGUCUCGAGCGCCAAGAGGUGGUCUGCUUCAAGGAUUCCGAGGUCUGGCACUGCCAGCUGGCCGCCAUUCUACAGUAGGCAAGGAGGUUAUAAUGGGCAGGAGGUGGCGUAACGUCACGGAAGUGGGUGUGGACAAAAAGUGUCCCCACAGUCUUUCGGCCAACAGGAAAAUAGUUCCGUGUGCUCUGCUUUUUGUGCCAAAAUAGGCAACGCUUAUGCUUCCCCUCCCUCCUCAAUACGUGACACCUUUCCUCUUUGUCAAGUUGAGAGCCAAAGAGAAAACCUCUGUAGUGUCCUGCGCAACAAAGGCUGCUUGCACUCAGCAUCGUGCAACAUACGGCAGUUUGCUCUUGGAUGUUCCAUUCUGGUUGUGAACUGCAAAGGGUGCAUUUUUCACUCUUCCUAUGAAAUUCGCACGAGCGUGCAGGUUGCUUUGCCAUAUUUGGGCAUCUUCUUCUGCGGGCCCCCAAAUCCCGUAUUACUAAUUUUAAGGCGAAAUCAGAUGAACGCAAUCUCCCUUCGUGUCUGUUUGCACCAAAGAAACCUGCAUCUCGUUUCGUGCACAUCCUACCGUUUGCUGCCUUGGUACGACUGUGGUCGGACAGCAUAAAGGUUUCCGUUGCACUGUGUCCCACUGCUUGUGCAUGGGAUGCGUUAAAAACAAUUUACAGAAUGUUUUUCGCCACAAAAACAAACAUAUUGCUGGACGUUCGGCCUUUGCCCA